UGUUAGUUGAGCAUCGCACCGCGUUUUGUACGAAUCGUUUCUCGAAAUCAGUGUUUUUCAAUUUUAACACUAAAACAAAAUAGUCUGAAAGUGAAGUAAUCUCUCGAAGUUUUGUGCAACUAUAUUCAGUGUAAACAAUAGAAAAUAACAGUGGUUCGAAUUGGAUGCAGUCAAAUAUUGAUUAUUAUAAUCAAUAUUUAUCAUCACAAACUAAUUCUAGCUGUGUAAUUACCAAAACCGGCACCUUAAAUGAACAAGAUAGGCAAGUUAGAUUUUCAGGAAACCCGGAAUAUUAUCAGUGUCUGAUUACCUUGGUACAACUAGUGCCAGCCCCCCAUUCAUGAGCAUUUGGAGAAGCGUGAUCACUUUAAUCCCAUCAUCAGCUAUCCCCAAAGCUCAUACACGUUUAGUAUUCUCGAAGCGAUCUAGGACGAACGUCUAAAAUCAGCCAAAACUCAAAUUCGGUGAACUUAAACUGAUCCUCUUUAACACACUUUGGCAAAACUACGAUCAUUCGAAAAGUUUCCAGCUUUCAUCUCAAUUUCAAUAUUACAUUUUUAGUAAACAAAAUUCCAACCAUGGAAGGAAGCCCCCCGAAUAAUGUUAUGGUUUCAGCCAACAACGUAGAAGAGGCUCCUACCUUUAAAUCGAUCGGAUCCAAAUUACGACCUCUGUUGAAUAGGUCCAAAGAUGGAUCAUAUCGAGUUUUUUGUCGCCGAUCCCUCAUAUUUAUUCUGCUGGUAGCGAUCGUCCUUCUGUCAUCAAUCAUCCACAUCAUUCACCGUUAUGUGAGGACCCGACCGAACAUUUGUCACAGCAAGGAAUGUCUUCGUGCAGCAGCAGCCUUGAAACAGAACAUGAACCCUCGUGUAGAUCCCUGUGAUGAUUUCUACUCUUACGUCUGCGGUAACUGGGCCGACGAUCAUCCCCGACCGAAAUCGCACGAUUCCUACAAUUGGUACAGCGAACGGGCGUCAAAGGUCUACCGGAACGUACGUGACCAUCUGGAAACGAACAUCACCCGGUCGGACCCUAAACCGGUGGCUCAGGCGAAAACGAUGUACAAAGCAUGUCUUAAUAAUGCUGAUCCCAGCGGCGAACAAUAUCUCAAAAGGACCUUGAAGGAACUUGGACUCCCAGUGUAUCCGUCUCUGUUAAACUUAACUAAAACUCCAAAUCAAACUAUGAAAUUCGAUUGGAUAAGCUCGGUGGCGAAAAUCCAACGAAAACUUUCGAAAAGCGUCUUUAUUGGAUUCGACAUCGUGCCGGAUCAUACAAAUAAGAGUCGUAACCGGCUAUCUCUGGGAUAUCAUUUAUUACCACAUAUGCUGAAUAUCUCCGCUUUCAAUUUGUCGGAUCUGGUAUUGAUAAAAGACGGUUCGAGUGAAGAAAAUGACGACUAUAUUAGUUCAAUGGAGCUUAGCCCCGGUGAUAUAGAGGAAAGGAUGUUAUUCUUAGCUACAGAGUUCACGGAAUUCCAUAAUAGAUUGCCGAACCGUACGAAGUCCAAUGAGACAAAUAUAGGUUAUUACACGCUGCAAGAAUUGCAAAUGUUAACCGAUCAGUACAUCGCACCUCGGGAACCACUUCCUUUCUGGCAGUGUUAUAUGGAUACUGUUUUCGCAGGAAUACCAGAGGCAAUGCCGACAGCGGAAGAUAAGCUACAAAUCGACGAGCUAGAUAUAGAGUAUCUGAAGAAGCUUAUCGAUGUUAUAUCACGAGAAGAGCCCGCGCGAAUUGAAGUAUAUGUUUGGAUAAAUGUUGUCUUAUUUCUGUUUGCCAAUUUUUUCGUCCGCGCCGAAGGAGAACAAGAAUGCUCUAGGGUCGUACAGGAAUUAAUGCCCCCUGCGGUAAUCCACAUGAUCGCUAAAGAAGACUUUCUGACAAAAACAAAACCACGCGUCAAACGGAUGCUUCGGGAGAUAAGAAGAGAGUUUGAUCAAAUGGUCCUGAACACGGACUGGAUGGACGUUGACACCAAGAAUGCCACCCUAGAGAAGUCUAAGGCCACGAUUAGUUUGAUAGGACAUCAGGAGUGGUUUUUGGAUACGAGAAAGUUAGAACAGCACUAUCGUGGGUUACAGAUCAGUGAUAGCAAUCAUCUGGAAAAUUGUAUGAACGCGAAUCAGCUUUUGAACAGUGAAAAACUGCGCACGUGGCGCGACAGCAACGCUAGAGAUUGGACCAUACAUCCAUUGAAAGUGAAUGCUCAGUACAAUUUUGAACACAAUGUAAUCACCAUACCAGUGUCAAUGAUUCAGUAUCCUUUCUACUACCUUGGACUAGAAGCCCUGAACUAUGGUGGGUUGGGAUCUACUCUAGGGCACGAAUUGACCCAUGGAUUCGACAGAGAUGGUAUUCGUUUCGACAAGCACGGAAAUAGAGAAUCGUGGUGGUCGGUACAUUCUUUGCAGAAAUAUGAUGAACGAGCUGCCUGUUUCGUCCAGCAGUAUAAUCGAUAUUAUGUUCCCGAGGCCAAAGGAUUUGUCAAUGGUAAUCUGACCUUGGGUGAGAACAUUGCUGACAACGGUGGCCUUCGGGAAGCAUUUCACGCAUAUCAGACAUACGUGAAGCAGCACGGUCCAGAACCAAUCUUACCUGGCUUUGAGGAGUUUACGCACAACCAACUAUUCUUCCUGUCAUUCGGAAAUAUAUGCUGUGGAACAUUGCCACUCAAUGCUUCAAAAGGGAUCCUAGAUGAUGUACACUCUCCGUUCAAGUUUAGAGUUCAGGGAACUCUUAGUAAUAUGGAGGAAUUCAGCGCAGCUUUCAAGUGCCCACUAGGCAGUUUCAUGAAUCCCAAAAACAAAUGCCGCAUAUGGUGAAAAAGCACUGUAGAACAUUUAGAUAAAAGCUCAAAUAACAUAAUCGAAUUUCAAAAGUAGUAGCGUUCAUUGCCCAGAGCUUACAGCGAUUAUAUUUUUUCUCUUAUUGCUAUCCUUUUUUUUUGCGCAUACGACAUAAGUGGUUCAAAGGAAUUCGAAGUGAAAAGCUCAACUUUUCUCAAAAUAAAAUUUCCUAAACACUUUUGAAAACUUAUGAUAUGUUUGAUGAAAUGAUGCUUCUAAACAUUAGGUUAUUAUAAAGGUUAGCUCUACAUAUCAAAUGAGUUCUAUGUAAAAAGGUAAUACAUUCUCUGCAAGUGGGAAAAAUCUUGAACGAAAAUCGUGUUCUGGUGAUGACUUUAUAUUAUAGAUGAAGUAUUGGUGGAAAUGCAAGGAAAUUCAUGGAAAAAAAAGUUAGGUUAUGGUCAGGACCAUGUCUUCUACGUAUUCAAACGAUAUCGAGUAAUCAUCUUCAAUUAAUCAAUAUUAAAAUCAAUUUGAAUAUGUUUCCGGGCCUGCCAGUCUGAUAGAGAGUGAACUGCUCCACAAAUACGGAUGAAUCAUUUUGACGUUUGUUUUGCGACAAGGCAAGGUUGCCACAUUUACAAGAAUGCAAAAGAUGAUUUCGAUCGAAUCGUCAAGUCGAGUUUCAAACCAAUCGGAUUCUGGGAUAUGGGUGACUGUUCGAUAUUGUUACCGCAAUAAUGGAUCAAGCGUAGAUUUGAAACUUUGAACGCCUUGCAUGGCGGAUGUAAUAAGUACAAGGCGUUUACCUUAACAUUCCACCAACGACACGAUCACAAGCGUACUCUGAUGUCCAAUAUAGCAACGAAGAAAUACUGACAAUGACAGACGAUCAUCAACAGAAAUCAAUAAUGUAGACAUUGAAUCUGGCAAUCGUUGGGCAGUACUAUAUUCGCCUCAUCUGAGCAAAACACUUAAUAUUCAUAUUGAUGUUGAGUUCUGCGAUUCGAUGUGAAACAUUAAACACAUUUGCAAGUCUGUGAAUAUGGAUGAAAUAUGUCGGUAUUCAGAAUACCGAUGUGAAUACUCUAUUGAAUGAAAACGACGAAAAUCCAUCAGCUCCAUUGAAUCUGUCUGACGCAUCGUUGUUCCCAUUUAAUGAACAGUUAUAAAUCUAACCGUCCAUCUUGAAAACGGCAAGCGCGUAUUUUCCAUCGAAACAACAAUCGAACGAAAUUGAUAUUGAUUUUCUUCAUUUUAUUCUUCGAAGUUCCUUUUUUGAUACAGCCUUGCAAUUUUUAUACUGUAUUCACAACUGUAAGUGAAGAUAAAAUAACAUAUUAGGGUAAAUUAUCUUGGUUUGUCCGAUUUAGGGUAUUUUUACGCAACUAGUAAAUGCAAAUCGAUUGCUCUUCAAGAAAAUCACAUAUAUUCGAUACGAGUUUGGGUUUGUUGAAAAGCCCCAAGUCUCUAGUUGCUAAUACUGCCACAAGGCGUUGAAAUUAUUCAAAUUUUUAUGUUUCUUAACGAUUUUUCUCAAAGAGAAAUUAUGAUCAUGGUUUGUCCGGUUUUAGAAAUCACCAUUUUUGAAUGAAAACAUUCGAAUUCUCAAGUAGAUGUUGUAUUUAUCAUUGCUUGAGUUUUCUGUCAUCAUAUUGAUCCAUUCAUAAUUUAGGCUUUCUUCAGAAUAUUGCCUUUUCUUGAGCAUUUUAAAAGUAUUCACCUGAACAAACUCAACACAGAGAAACUGACACAAUGAACAAACUGCAGCGCGUCCAGCGGUUGCCAUGGAAAUCAUGUGGACAAAACAACAUUAUUGAAUUGGACAACUCAUGAUCAGAUUUGAGUUCAACAAAAUGCGUUAAUUUAAUGAUUUAGCUAUGAAAAAAUGAUACAAAUGGUGUACAAGCAUGAUGUUUACAAUAUUUAUAAGUGUUAUAAUCCAGAAAAGGUCUGAAUACGUGCCAAAUAAUCAUCUGGUGAUCGAUUAAAAGUUAGCUCGAAUGAGGGGCGCAUUGACACUAAUAGGAGGUGUAUUUCAUAAUCCUUUGAAACAUGUGAUUCC